AUGAAGAGGAAGACAGAGCCUUCUAAGAAGUCAAAGACUCUGAAGCUGGGAGAACUGUAUGCAGCCAGAUCGCCUACACCUCUGGACUCCUCUGUCUCAAGUAAGUCCCAUCCCUCUGAAACUCCCUCAAAUUCUAAUUUAAAUCAAUCAUCUUCCUCUCUACCUCAACCAUCUUCUACCUAUACCCCCUCUGAACCCAUCAUAUCUAUUCCACCUACCUUUGAACAUCACAACUCUAACCUUUCCUCGCCCCCUCCACGACAAAUCAACCUCACUACCACAACACUUCCUACAUCUAAAACUUCACCUCUGAAUGAAUGCCUCUCACCUCUUUCCUCAACUCCCUCUUCACCACCAUAUUAUGAUAUAUCCUCUGACUCUGAACAACCAGAAAUCCACGACCCUUCAUCCCUAACACUAGCUCAACUACAAGCCAUGGCACUAUCUAACGAACCUUCAUAUAUCCUAGAUACCUUUAUGCCUUCUUCCUAUGAACCUCAAACAGAAGCACCCUCUGAACCUCAAACAGAACCACCUUCUGAACCUUUAUCUAAAGCCCAAACUGAACAACCAUAUGAACCCCCAACUGAACAACCCACUAAAACCACCCACACUUCACCAGAACCCAUCAAUCCAUCUUUUAAACCUGAACCAACCUUCCCCACCCUGGAAGAGUUAAUUGCUUUAUUUUCAUAA